AUGUUCGACGCGGCGAAAAGCUGGCAGCAGCAGCAGCAACAGCCAUAUCCGGCUCCGAAACGAGCGACUUUCACAGCGGUGAAAACACCCGCAAAUGCCGCCCCGACGGCGGGAAUCAGCGCUCAGAACAGCGCGGCAGGCAUCGCCUCCACGUCCGCCUCCGCUUCCGCCGGCGUCGGGCCCGCCUGCGGCGUCAAUUCUUCGUCGUUCCACCUCGGAAUCCUCUCCUCAGGAGGGGAAAGUAUUUGCCCAAUUCCGUGCGUGGACUGGCGGGAGGCGGCGCGGAAGGCGGAAGAAACGCGCAUGCUGGCCAGCGAGGUGUGCCCCAUUCCCGCGCAAAACUGGCGGAAAGACGCCCCCCGCGCCGAGACCCGGAAUAGAACACUCUCCUCCACCCCGGCGGCGCCGGCGGCGCCGGCGAAGCGGGAAGCUCCAGGAGCAGGCUUCGCGUCAGCGUCGGGGCGAGAAGAUAAGACGGAGAGUUCCUGCGGCACUACCACGAGGAAGACGAAGCAGCAGCCGCGCGUGCAACGCGGCAAUCCCACGCCGGUCAGCCAUCACAAAUCGGCCCUUUCCGUGACGAUCGAAGAAGCGUCGUUUGAAGAUUCCUCAGCGGACUUUCCGGCACACUCCAAGACUGAGUCCAAGGCUGUGACGCUCGAAGAAGCGUCCGACGCUUUCGAGUCAUCCUCAGUGCCCCCAUUCCGACUCGGAGUCGGAGUUCUCUCCGCGCAGUCGCAGCUCCGCGAGAACGCGCCGUUUGGUUCCGCCUCGCCCGCGGCCUCCCCCACGCCGUCCGCCUGCUCCGCGCGCUCCUCCGUCAUCUCGACCUUCUCGCUCGCGCGCCGCUCCUCUUUCUCCUCCUCCGCCUCCAGUUCCGUCGGCAGUGGCGGCAGCAGCAGCAGCGGCGGCGGCGGCUACGGCGACUUCACGCCGCCCAUCUCCCGCUGCAGCACGCUUCUGGGAAGCGCGACUAGCACCAUUGACGAAAACGACGUGCCGUCGCUCGCAGAAAGGAAAGAGAGGGAUACAACGCCGUCGUAUCUUCUCUCGUCCCGCCCAAAAUCCCCACGGCGGUCCGCCGAUUACCUCGCUGAUGAGGACGGAGGCGCGGCGUUUUCCCGCGUGUGCACUGCACCGUCCGUCGCGGACAGCAGCAGAUCGCGCCCGCCGCGGCUCGUGACGGAACGCUUGCGCCUCGGCCUUCCUAACCGCACGUCCUCGCUGCCUCUACGCGGCCUCGACUCCCCUACCGCCGCCACCGCCGACUCUUCUGCCGCAAAUGGCACGACUGGCAUGGCUGCUACGAGAAUGAGCAGUCUUUUCGUGCCCAAAUGCUCUUCCCUGGCUAGUGAUCCUGCACCUGCGGGGCUAGACACGCCUGUGUCCCGAACUACAUGGGAGGACAUGCGGCGACGGACGGUGGCAGCAGCGGGUGUGAAGGAGCAAGCGGACGACGAUCUACAAAUGGAUGGGGAGGAGACGAGAGGGCAGCAGCAUUGGCCGGAGGAGGAAGGGAUGGGUGAGGCGGAACGCGAAGCGCAAUUCCUUGCUGAGUCAGCCUGCCUGAACUGGGAAGACGUGGAGGAGUUGUGUCAUCGCAUGGACAUAGCAGGCAUUCGCAUAGAAACCCUGGACAUCCAACCAGUGGAUGAUAAUAACCAUCCGCCAUCGCAGGCUCAACAAGGGCCAUCAAACCUACACCAUCCUGCUGCAAAGGCUCACACCGGCACGACAUCAACAGAAGCAGCUGCUGCUGCCUGUGAUGCCCUUGCAGGCCGCUCUGGGCCGAUGACUGUUGGUACAGACAUGACGAGAUUCGGUGGGGUGGAUUCGUGCGCCGGUGCGGCAUCAGUGGUGGCGCUGAAGUUCAGUGGCAUGCACAUGUGGUAUUAUCCUGGCGACAACGUGAAGCCACUGUUCCGUGAUGCCGUGCAGUGGUGA